AUGGACGCCCCGCGCAUUAAGCCCGCCAUUGCCCUGUCCGAGGCCGAGGAGCGCGAGGCUUACCCUCACCCCGGUCGCCGCCUCAGCAAAUACGAGGUGCUAAACCGGCCAGACCGGGAAAAGCCACUGCCCCGGGUUCCGGUGCCCGUUAGAGGCCACUCGCCGCGCGUGCUGUGCCGGAAAUCACCCAUGCGAAUCCCGUCUUACCAACGCGGCCAAUCAUACUCACAGCUUCAUUCGCUUUCGCAGGAGCCGGCAAGCCUGGCUGGUCCAUCGUCGUUGCAGGAGGCGCGAGCAGCGGACGACGCACAAACAUCACCUGCGGAUACGCAUAAGCUCAAGACGACGCCGCCGCAGCCGACAAAAAUGGUCAACAAGGUAUCGAGCUUCUCUCGAGGCGCAUCGGGCCGCCGAUCAUCCCAAAAGAUCAACCGCCUGAUCGGGCAUGAUCUGGAUCUGGUCGAUCCCUACGACAGAGCUAGCUUCAGCUCUGCUGCGGGAUACUCUGAGGGCUCCUCGAGCUCGAACUCGGGAUCGGGAUCGGGAUCGGGAUCCGAUUCUGAUGACGACUACGAUGACCAGGGCUACUUUAUCAACAUGGAAGAUGGCCUGCUGCCGCUGCUCCUAGAGGUGGACGAGGAUGGCCUCUCGAGCCGAGAGCAGUCGUGGAUACCUCGGACGCAUGGUACCGCGGCCAAGCCCAUGCCUCUCAACAUUCGACGGCGCGGAACUGCGGACACUGUCGGAUCUGUAUCCGUGUCCAACGGCGAGCACAGUCCGACCAGCCCGACCUACCCGACCUACUCGCAGGGCACAAAUUUUAAUCUAAGCAGCGAGUUGCCUCGAUGGAAUCCAGCCUACGGGCAGUUCACAGACAAGCGUGCUGCCAGCGACUAUCAUCGCUUCGCAGCCCAACUUGCGACCCCGUAUGAACGGGAGAAGUCGCCAGAGGCUGUGCCGCCCUCGCCAGGGCAUCAAACCAUCAUUGACCUGGGGUCUGCUGAACAGUACGGCAAAAAGACGAAACACGCAGCCAAGCUUUCCCGCACCGCGGCCAUCAUUCGUCUUUGGGAUAACGCACGGCCGAAAGACGCCAGGGCGGAAAUGCCGCCGCCCCCUCCGCCGCCUCUGUUCGAGCCUGCGCGCUCCACGUCUCCUGUCCUUUCGUUUCGAGUAAACACGCUCAAGAAGCAUCGUCCCUCAAAGCUCUCGAUAGUCGACGUUCAGCCGCCCUCGGCCUCGUCGGAGCAGUCCCUUCUGCAUCCGGCGUCGACGAGCGCGCCAUCGCAGAUGCCGUCUCGGCCUCGCCAGGUCGUAACAGCGAGCCAAUAUAGCGCUUUUGACUGUGAUAGCGACGACGAGGAGGGCGGGGAGGGCGGUCGUGUCACGCCUCGACGAUGGUGGCGGCGAAGCGACGAGGAAGAGCGCCGCGCCUCGGCAGAGUGGCCCUCUGUUGAACAGCUGCCGAAGCAGCAGGAGGACGACAGGGACAAGGCAUCCUUUGGUGGGGGUGUCAAGGGCAUCUUUGCCGGCGCUCGUGGUCGUUCACUGCUGUCACCUGCGGAGCGGCGCAGACUAGAUCUGCGCAAGUCGAUCAGAGUGCUGCGUGCGCCGGAGCUGGAGAUGGACCCCCGCCUGGGGGCCAGGUUUUAG